CCUCCUGUCAUCCCUCCGUCUUCUUGGCUCUCCAGUUAUGAAGAUGACAAGCCAGAAAUGGGACAGCAAAGAGGAGAAGAAGCUGCUGAAGCCCUUGAUGGAGAAGCGGCGGAGGGACCGGAUGAACCAGAGCCUGGACCGCCUCCGCGUCUUGCUCCUCGAAGCCACGCAGGACGAGAGACUUAAAAACCCUAAAGUUGAAAAGGCAGAAAUUUUACAAAAAACAGUUCAGUUUUUGAAGACGCAGCCUUUAUCAGAGACUAAGCAUAAAGAAGACGCCCUUCUGCAAAGGUACCACAGUGGCUACCGGGAGUGUCUCACCCAAGCGACCCACUUCCUCCGAGCAAGCCCGGGCAUUUGCACGGGCAAAAAGGCCUACCUGAUGGAGCACAUCUGCCACUGCAUGGAGAAGAUAACGGCGAGCCCCCGGGGGCAGCUCCAUCACCGCCCCCUUCCAGCGCCCUCCAACCCAAGCUACGACCUGCCACAGCGCUGCGGCCCAGAUGUGUUUGCUGGGUGCAGCCCUCCACUCGGGGGUGCUGCGUAUGUCCUGCACCCGCCUCCUCCCAGUUACCCCUCCAGGCCAGGACUGCCGGCCCGUGUCACCAGCCCAGCCCAGCCAGACGUCGGCUGCAGUAGCACCACCAGCAGCAGACCACAACAGAGCAAAUUCUCGGAAACACGGAACUCCACGGCACAAUCUCCACAGGCACUGAAUGUCUGGAGACCAUGGCCUUGAAGCAUGGCCCAUUCUCCCCCUGCAGCUCCCUUGUAAAUGUAUAUUAAAUUCUCUAUAUAUUGUAUAUUAUGGGGUUUAUGUUGCCAAAGAUUUGGGGUCUCUUUUCUGGGGUGGUGGUGGAAUUCGUUUUGUUUUUCCUGUACUUCUUGGCAAAAAGACUGUUUUUCUUUACUUUUUUUUUCCUCCAAAAAAAUAAUCAUCUCCCUUUGACAUCUUGUAAUUAGGCCUAAUCGAGUGCACCUAGACUAUAAAUAUGGAACCAUUAAUCAUGAAGAAGCCUAAUUCAACAAUGGGAUGUUAUGGGGAAAAUGGGCAUGUGUGCAUGUUUUGAUUUCAUUGUGAUUUUCUCGCCCGCUGAGUAUACACAUAUUUCCUAGGAUGGAGGACUUUCUU